UGUAGCCAUCGUGCCUUAAAAAAAGAAAAAGAAAAAAAGAAUACAUUGCUUUCUAAGACGAUACGUUCUCGCUUAUCAUCAUGUAUUAUUUAGCAUAAUUCGAGAAGGCGCUUUCAGAGUCACUCUCACCAGCCGACUGAAAGGACCUGAAGCAAAAUUAAGAAGUGACUGUCCGUUCGAAUUUGCAUCAGUGGAAAUGGCGCUCUUUCUUCUAAACUGGCGCUUUCAGAGUCCCUCUCACCAGCCGACUGAAAGACCUGGAGCAAUAUUAAAGAGUGACUGUCCGUUCGAAUUUGCAUCAGUGGAAAUGGCGCUCUUUCUUCUAAACUGGUGAUGACAGUACCACUUAGAUAACACUGUUCACAGAAGCAAGUAAUUGCCCAGAUGGCGAAUGGACUUAGUGAAGAACCUCUUUCCAUCCCAUCUCUUGGGAGGCCUUUUGACUUAGGUACGCUGUAUGACUGUAGAUCUGACAAAGUUUUACAGGGGAUUACAUUGUGGGACCAAAAAACUCUGGAUAGAAAAAAGAUACAAAAACAUGAAUCAGCUGACUUUGAAAUCAUCACAUCUGAUACCUUUGAAGACAAGUCUUCUGCACUGGAUAUCAACAGUGGCUUAAAACUUAGCUUUCUUGGAGGGAUGCUGGAUGUAUCUGGAUCUGGGAAAUACCUUAACGACAGAAAAUGCUCAAAUCACGUGGAAAGAGUAACCUUGAAAUACAAAUGCACAACUAAAACUGAAAAAAUGACAAUGGAGCAGUUAGGGAAGGGAAAAAUUGAGCACCGAAAAGUUUUUUAUUAUUGUACUGCCACGGAUGUUGUAACAGGAAUUACAUAUGGAGGUAAUGCUUUCUUUGUUUUAGAGAAGGAGUUAUAUGCAAAUUCGUUCAACAAGAAUGUUAGAGGAAAUCUUCAUGGUAUGGUCAAGUCCAUUCCAGACUUAAAGAUUAAUGGGGAAGGAAAGUUAGAUCUAAGUGAAGAUGAGAAAAAGGAAAUCCGGAAAUUUAGCUGCAGGUAUUUUGGAGAUUUUUUACCUCGAGAAACCCCUUCAACUUUUGAAGAAGAUGUCCGUCUCUACAAAGAGAUGCCAAAUGUCAUUGGGCAAAAGGGAGAAAAUGCUGUCCCAGUUAUUGUACAUUUAUACCCACUUGCCAAACUAGACAGUAAGGCUUGUAAACUCGUCAGAGAGAUCAGUGUUGUUCUUGUUAAGGACACAGAAAAUUAUUUGGAGGAUCUGUAUAAACUGGAUGUGAAAUGCAAUGACCUCCUCAGAUCACAAGCGGUUAAUCAUUUUCGUGGAAUUGAAGCAGAAAUUCAGAAAUUUAAAUAUUUAUUGGCUACUCACAAACUUAUAUUUCAGAGAAAGUUGGCACAAAUUCUUCCAAACAUCAGAGGUGGAAAUAAAGAGGAGAGUGAAUUACCAAUGAUCUUGGAAAAAAAAAAAUAUUUUUCUCCAUUUCGGACUGAAGCCCUCAACAGCUGGGUGGAAACAAAAGAAAGCCAAGUAGAAAUUAUUUUGUAAUACACAUCCUACUUUCCUCAGAUUAAGUUUGCUUCGAAGACAGAUUUAAAGUCAUUCACAAGUUCUAUGCUUUUCAAUUUUGAUCCCUAAAUCUGAUUCACUUUUGAUAAACAUGCCAAAAUACUUCAAAGAAAAGGACCUUACCAGUGAUUUGGACUUCACAGAUGAAAACGCUAAAUUCCCACUUAAGAUGACAGAAAAUGAAAGUUCCAUGGUUCAGAGAUUUCCUUGAUAACAAUAAAGAGAACAACGAUUUUUGUUUCUUGUUGCAGAGGACGUUUCUGAUUCAAAUGAAUUACAGGCAAAAAUAAGGUACUAUAAUAAUGGUGAACUCCUUAAUGGAGGCUUGGCAAUACCUUCAGCCCCAAGAAAAAUGUGUUGACAAUAGUGAAACUACUCAUGAGAGCAUUUUGCUUCAGUGGGAAAAACCCCUUUAUGAUGCAUCAAACAUCGACCAGUACAAGAUUGUCUGUGAAGACACUACUGCAAAUAAUCUAUCUAUUAUUCAGCAUGCAGAUUCUAAUGUUACAAGUCAUUGCUUUCAGGGGCUCAGUCCUGGCUGUGAGUACAGCGUUAGCAUUGAAAGUGUUUGCCAACUUGGAAUUAGUGUUAAGGGCCAAAUAAGUGGCGCUGUUAAAACAGGGCCAACUAGUCCACCUGGGAAACCCAAGCCCAUGAUAUCAUAUUCAAGAAUGGAGAUUGAAUGUUCAAAGCCGCUUCACAUUGGUUCUCAGUGUACAAAAAUCAAGUAUUUAGUUAUGCAACAAGAAGAAGGGUCUGACUGGCAAGUUGCAAGUUUUAUUCCAUUUGGAAACCAAUCAGUUAGAAUAAAUGUAAAGACCAAUCGUACCUAUAGAUUCAAAGUUUAUUGUGAGUGUGAACAUGGUGACAAGAGUCUUGACAGCGAAGCGAGUGAUGAUUUUCUGACAAAAAAAGCGCUUAAAGCAUUGCUUUAUAACUAUCUAUUUAAACUGGAAGAGGAAAAAAAGGUCAUCAUGUUUGUUGGUCCUACUGGAUCAGGUAAUACCACUUUAAUCAAUGGAAUAAUUAACUACAUAUUUGCUGUUGAAUGGGAUGAAAACCUUUGUUUCAAACUGAUUAAAGAUCCAGAAAAUCCCAUUAUGCAAAAAGCCAAACUAAUCAAAUAUCUUCGUACAUAAUACAUUAUCAAGAAGGUUUUAGUUUACUUUAUACUUUAUCAAUUGUUGAUACACCAGCUGUUGAUGUUUAAGACAUAAAAAGAGAUAAGAAACCUUCAGAACAAAUAUGGACAAUUUUCUCAACAAGGAGCGAUUGACAAAGCUGAUGUAAUUGUUUUCGUUGUUCAGUCUUCUCUUGCGCGACUCACUCCAACACAGAUAUCGUUUUUUUUUUUUUUUUUUUUUUUUUAUCAAAUAUUGUCUAUGUUUGGUAAGGAUAUUGCUAAUAAUAUAUUCCUUUUAUUUACCUAUGCUGGUUGUCAAGAACCUCAAGUCCUUAGUGUCACAGAGAAGCAGAUAUCCAAUACAAAAAAUUCUUCCAGUUCAUUAAUUCUGCUUUAUAUGCAAGUAGCACAAGAAUAAGGACGCAAAAACAAGAUUAUAACAGCAACUUUAAUGCCAUGUUUUGGGAAAUAGGAGACAAAAAGUUUUAUGAAGUUUUUGACGUUCUGAGACUGACAGAAAGUAAGAACCUAACUCUAACUAGAGAAGUUCUUCAGAAACACUAUCGAAAAGAAGUUUCAACAACUCGCCUUCACAAUGGACUGUAUAAAUUAGAGCGACUAACGAAGGAAUUUGAGUUUCUGAAAUCACAUAAGGCUGAAUUGAUAGGAACGAGAACUUCAAGUAUACAUAGUUACAGAAGAGACCUUUGUGAAAGAGCCAAUUCCAGCAAUACAGUUUAUAACAAACUGUCCAUUAUACCGCCGCACUUACCAUGAAAACUGCCAAAUACAGGAUGGUCAAAAACAGGGAUGUUGGUCGAUGACAGGUAGGAAUUUCCGUAUUUGCCCUGGUCAUUGGAAAAUUCAUAAAAAAGCCGUUUCAAAUGCAUCUGUAAGCGGGUUGAAAUAACAAAAACGGCAAGUGAUCUGAGGGGUCGAUGUGAAAAGGCAAAGGAAAAGAAGCUCUUCGCUGAACAACGUAUAAAAGAGGUGGAAGCAGAACUUCAGUCAUUUCAAGCAGAAGUUCUGGGUAGGACUGAAACUGUAAGGGAACCGUCAAGAGGCUGAAGGAAAUUAGACUGAAACCAAAUCCCCUCCCCAGAAAGCUCCUAUCUCUAAGAUGUACCUCGACUUGUAAAUAAUUAAGAGAAUAUAGAACUAUUUCAUA